UGCGGCGCCGCUGCCGCCGGUGCGCGGGGGCAAGAGCGAGCGGAGGCACCUCCAGCACACCGGCUCCGCCGGGCCGCCCCUCCGCAGCCCCGGUGCCCACCCACCCGGCCCGAUCGCUGCCGGCGGGGUCGGGCCGGGGGUAGGGGGGAGCGGCGGGGGCGGGCGGCAGCCGCGGGGGUCGUCGCCAUGACGAGCGGGCGUGCCGCCGCCUCCCGCCGCUGAGCGGGGCGGCCGCUGUCCCUUCAGCACCGCGCGGCCGGCGGGGCCGUCCUGCCCUGCCCAGCCCAGCCCUGCCCUGCCCGGCACCGGCACCCCCCCGGCACCGCCACCCCCCGACACCGGCAUUCCCUGGCACCGGCAUCCCCCGGCAGCAGCAUCUCUCUGGCACCGGCAUUCCCCGGCACCGGGAGCCCCCGGCAGCAGCACCCCUCCAGCAGCAGCACUCCCCCGGCACCGGCAGCCCCGGGCAGCGAGGCGAGCCCUGGCGGCCCCCGCGGGCGGCGGCGAUGGCGGGCGGGGGCCGGGGGCAGCAGGGCGCGCCGGCGGGGGGCCGCGGCCGCUGAGGCAGCAGGUUUUCAUUCCCUACCCACCUUUGGAAGGAGCUCACUAUGACAGGGCAGAGUCUGAGGACUUUAUCUGAAGCGAAUUUUGAAGACAAUGAGAUCAGCAUCAACGUUGGAGGCUUCAAGAAAAAGAUGAGAUCCAACACAUUAUUAAGGUUCCCCGAGACCAGGCUGGGCAAAUUGCUGAGCUGCCAUUCAAAGGAGUCAAUACUGGAGCUUUGUGAUGACUAUGAUGACACCAAGAAUGAAUUUUAUUUUGACAGGAACCCCGAGCUCUUUCCUUACGUGCUACAUUUUUAUAACACUGGCAAGCUCCAUGUGAUGGGUGAACUCUGUGUCUUUUCUUUCAGCCAAGAGAUUGAAUACUGGGGAAUCAAUGAAUUCUUUAUAGACUCCUGCUGCAGUUAUAGCUACCAUGGGAGGAAAAUGGAGCCAGACCAAGAGAAAUGGGAGGAACAAAGUGACCAGGAAAGUACGACAUCUUCUUUUGAUGAGAUUUUGGCAUUCUACAAUGAUGCCUCUAAAUUUGACAAACAGCCCUUUGGAAACAUCAGGAGGCAGCUCUGGCUUGCUUUGGAUAAUCCUGGGUACUCGGUUUUAAGCCGUAUCUUCAGCGUCCUUUCCAUAGUGGUGGUGUUGGGCUCCAUUGUGACCAUGUGCCUGAACAGCCUCCCAGACUUCCAGAUUGUUGACAGCAACGGGAACACCGAGGAAGACCCUCGCUUUGAAAUCGUGGAACAUUUUGGUAUUGCAUGGUUCACUUUUGAACUGGUGGCAAGAUUUGCAGUAGCUCCUGACUUUUUAAAAUUUUUCAAGCAUGCCCUGAAUUUGAUUGACCUAAUGUCUAUCCUUCCAUUUUAUAUUACAUUAAUUGUCAACUUGGUGGUGGAAAGUAGUCCGACUUUAGCAAAUUUAGGCAGAGUUGCGCAAGUCCUGAGACUCAUGAGGAUUUUCCGCAUAUUAAAGCUUGCCAGACACUCCACAGGUCUCAGGUCUCUUGGAGCCACUCUGAAGUACAGCUACAGAGAGGUGGGGCUUCUUUUACUCUACCUCUCUGUGGGCAUCUCCAUUUUCUCCGUAGUGGCUUACACUAUUGAGAAAGAAGACAAUGAGGGGUUAGCCACCAUCCCUGCUUGUUGGUGGUGGGCUACUGUUAGCAUGACCACAGUUGGCUACGGGGACGUGGUGCCAGGGAGCACUGCUGGCAAGCUGACGGCAUCUGCAUGCAUCCUAGCUGGUAUCCUAGUGGUAGUGCUUCCCAUUACACUGAUCUUUAAUAAAUUCUCCCACUUCUAUAGGCGUCAGAAGCAGUUAGAGAGUGCCAUGAGAAGCUGUGAUUUUGGUGAUGGCAUGAAAGAAGUUCCAUCUGUCAACUUAAGGGACUACUAUGCUUAUAAAGUUAAAUCCCUUAUGGCCAGCCUGACCAAUAUGAGCAGGAGUACCCCCAGUGAGCUGAGCCUGAAUGAUUCACUGCAUUAGUGUACGAGUCUGACAGCAGUUUGCAUGAGAGCUAUCAAGAGCUGUUUAUAAAUGUUUUCCUAUUUGUCUUUUUUUUUCCCCUAGAAGAUAGUGUUGCUGACACUGCACUUUGCACUUGAGAAACUAAAGAAUUUCUAUUACAAGUUAACAGUUUGCACAUUUUCAUCUUGUUGCAUAAGGGUACUGAGUGCUGACUUUUCCAUACAAAUGUUACCACUUUCAUGCCAUUACUACUAGUGGUAUAGUGAUGAUCUGUUGCUUUGUGCAUUUUCUCAUAUGAGCAGAGAAAUGAAUGUACCCAAGUGGAAUAAAAAUUCUCAGCUGUGACAUGAGUAAUGAAAAAAUCACCUAUCACCUAUACUGGUGUCUGUACUAGUAUAAGACUUCCCAUGCAUUUUACAACGGUUUGAAACAGCCACCUGUGAGUCACUGACACGCAACACUUCUACCUGUAUUACUGACCAGUGAUUCUGAUCAUCACUUGCCUGAAAACACCUCUGAGUUUGCUUAUUCUUGAGAAUGUGUGUUAAAAUCUGUGUGUUCUUGUUCUGAAAUGUUAUGUAUAAUAAUAUUUUUCAGAAUCUUC